AUGUUGUUUGUCUCAUUCCGAAAAUUAACAAAACAAAGCAUAACACAACUGCAGCGUUGUAGACUAUUAAGGCUUANGCAAGUAGAUUUCAUUUUUAUCUUUUCCGAUAACGUGUCAAACGAUCAAGAAUGGAUACAAGAUUCGGCGAAGAUUAAAGGUGUGUACACAGAUAUUAAAUUGCUGUGUUAUUCUCUCGAACAAUCGCUUAACUAUUGUGGACAAAAUGGCAUUGGUUUUGGUGUGCUGCGCGAUGAUGACGUUUCGAAGAACUUGGAUCAACUAGAUCCAAUGUUUAUCGUCAUGUGCAUCAUAAAAGACAUUCUGUUCGAUAUCGAAUUCGGGCCCCAAAGUCUUGUAGAAUUGACACAGUAUUGUCAAGAAACAUUAGAAAAAGAAAACAAACACGAACUUAACAACUGCUUUAUCUUCCAACAAGACUAUGCGGGAAGAACACCCUUAUGGUGGUACACAUGGGACUCCUUUCUGUAUCCCAUGCUCAAUCGAGCGUUGUGUUUAUCACAGAUCAGUAUCAUCAUGAAAAUGGGCUUUUUUAUUCGAGAUCUCUAUCAGCAAAUUGACGAAAUGCAUCGAAAGCAAUUUUGUGGUACGAAUGGCGACCAAUCGUUUAUAGUUUAUCGCGGACAAGGGAUGUCUAAAAAUGAUUUUCAAAAAGUAUGGAAAAUGAAACGUGGUCUGAUUGUUGUCAAGAACUUUUUACUAACAAGUCCGACGGAAGAAACGGCAAUGAAAUAUGUAGAACGCGUUUUACUCGAUUCUGACAAAGUAGGCGUUAUAUUUGUCAUUAAGGUCAAACCGAAUCGGUCAACAGGACUUUUUGCUUCGAUUAAUGGACUCGGAGCGGAUGGAAACGAAACAGAUAACGUUAUUUUUGCAAUGAAUACGCCGUUUCGUAUUCGAAAUAUUAAACCCGUGGGUAGAAAUACACGUCUUUUCCGAUUGAAAUUGGAGCUUGCCGAUGAAAAUGAUGACACUCUUCAGGUGUUGACGAAACGAAUUCGCAAGGAAAGCUUUCCAGAUUUACAAGGAUGGAAACGCCUGGGUGCAGCACUAUUGAAACUCAAACGACCAAAAGACGCGGAACAAGUUUAUAAAAUUCUCUUACAGCAAGAAACUGAAGAAUGCAACAAUGCUUGGCUUUAUAACAGACUUGGAUGGUGUAAAUAUGAGCAAGCAGAGUAUGAAACAGCUAUUAGAUUUUAUAAAAAAUCUAUUGAAAUCUAUGAAAUAUGUUCUCCAAAUGAUCCCAAUUUGGCCAUGUCUUGCAACAAUAUCGGCUUGGUGUUCGACGAAAUGGGUGAGUAUACGAGAGCGCUUUCAUAUUACGAGAAAGCACUCAUAAUUAGACAGAAGUCACUACCUCUCAACCACCCCGAGCUGGAGAGUUUAUAUGUAAAUAUCAGUUCCGCGUAUGACGAGAUUGGUGAAUACGCCAAGGCAAUCUCAUAUAAAGAAAGAAUACUUGAAAUUAAACAGCAACCAACUCCUCCAAAUCAUCGUGAUUUGAUUGAUCCAUGUAAUAGCAUAGGUUUUUCAUAUGCAAAGAUGGGAAACUAUGAACAAGCAUACUCAUUUUUUGAGAAAGCCGUGCAGCAUGCAGAACAAUCAUUACCGACGAACCACAUCGGACUUCGACUAUUAAAAAUCAAUCGUGACCGUGCAAAAAGAAACUUGUAG